UUCGCCACGACAAGGCAGUGAUCCAUGAAGGGGAAGUGUCAUUUAGCUUGAUGUUAAUCAGCUAUUCCUGUGAUUCCAGAAUUGCUUUUACUAUUUGUAGCAGAAGAAAAUAGUUAUUUUGAACAUUGUCCAACAGCAAAGUUAUUUAAAGGUCAUACACCAAAUUAUAGAUUAAAGAGAGAUGAUAAGAAGAUUAAUCUCCAAAACAGUAAAAUGCUGUUGUGUAUGCUACAUAAAUGGAAUCCAAUAUGGUUUUUUCCUAGAUAUAUCUUUAAUUUUUGAGUCCAGGUUUGGGGAUUGCACAGUGUGAGUCAUACAAGAGGAUAUCUAGGAAGUCAUCUGUGAAUAAUCUUCAAGCACUGCAGAGAAUACUGUGGAGAAAGAAAGGGAAGAAUGCUAGAGAAGCUGAUGAAAAGAUAGGGUGGCUAAGGAAAGGGGGUGGGGUAAUAUAAGCAGAGGAUCUUAAGAAAAACAAGGGUCCAAGGAAACAAUGGGUGGUAAGAGAAAGUAGAUAAAGAAGGAGGCAGUGUAAAGUAAGACUGAUGUAGUCUUUCAUAUGAGGCCUAGUGAUGAGAAGAGCUUUGCACUGUUGACAGGAAAGUAAGGAGCAGGCAAAGAAGGAAUCCAAGGGAGAGUAGAGUUGUUAUCCCAGCUUUUGAGGACUCUGCCUGCUGUGUUCAAUUGUCACUUUUGAAGUGUGAAUUGAUAUCCUUGAGAGGUAUGGCAAGUUCAAGGACCUGGGGUUGAUGGUGAAAAGAUUCAUAAUUUCAUAAUUAGCCAGCUAUACUUUAGAUGUAUAGUCUUGUUAUCAGCCUGAAAAGUUAUUCCUGUAUAUAUAUACUUACACAUAUGUGCAUGCAUAUACUCAUACCUACAUACAAUUGAGACUAACUGAUGAGAGCAAUUUGAUGCAUUGAGACUUUUCAAGAUAUAUGUCUUGGGAAUCUCCAUUCUAACUGUUCUAUAAUUUUGUUAUGGUAGGCACCUUAUUCCAAGAGCUCAAAGCAGAAAUGGAGAAUGUCUAUAAGAUUUAUUGUGGAGACUAUGACCAAGCUCUUCUACUGUUGGAUAUUUAUAAUAAGGAGCCAAGAUUACAAAAAGAAAUUAUAGACACCUUGACUACCACUGUGCCUCACACUGGUGCUUCGGACCUGAGCUUCUUCCUGGUAAUGCCAGUGCAACGGAUCACAAAGUACCCACUGCUGCUGCAGAAGAUUUUGGAAAACACUUCAGACACUGACAGUGCCUAUGGAGCCCUUCAGGCUGCCACCAAAGCUAUGAUAGAUGUCAAUACCAAUAUCAAUGAGUACAAAGGGCAGAAGGAAGUAGCAGACAAAUACAAGAAGGCUGGGUACCUGACUCUGCGAGAACGUCUGGCCCGCAUCAAUACACACUCCAUUGCCAAGAAGACUGCACGGCUGAGCCGCCUCUUCAUGCAUGAAACUGGAAUUGUGACCAAGACAGAGGACAAAGAGUUUGAUAAACUGGAAGAAAAGUUUCACUUAUUGGCAUCAGCUAUAAUUGAUCUGAAAGAGAAUGUGGCAUGUUUUCUGGACAAUACAGAGGUGUUCUUUAGUUUUCAACCACAUGAGGAUGAGUUGGAUGCAGAAACAACCGCUACCCAACCAUAUUGUUCCCUUGCAAGAAAGCUUCACAGCACCAUCUUUCCUGUCUAUAAGCGAAGGCUUGAGCACCUUGUAUAUAAGCCACUGUGCAACUUGUCAGAGACUCUGAAAGGACCCCACAAACUGAUUAAGAAGCGCUCGGACAAGCUGCUUGACUAUGAGGAAUAUGAGGAGAAGAGGAAUGAGACGGGCAGUGUGACCUAUGAGGAGGAGGCUAAUAUGAAGGCCUAUCUUACCAUUAACUCCUUGCUAGUAUCUGAGCUUCCUACAUUCAACCAUGUGGCCCUGAAGUGGCUGACCUGCAUAUUAUGUUCUUUUGUGACUCUACAGAGGGAUCUGGCCAAACAAGUCCUCCAAGAGGCAGAAGGGGAGAUUGCCCAGCUGCCACAUGGACAUCUCUCUGCAACUGAAUUUUGGAAAAUGGUGAUGAAUACUUUACAACAGGCUGAAGAUCAGCUGUACUCUCUCCAGAAGAAGUUUGACACUGUUUUGCCAAACCCAGUUGUGCAGCCACUUAGCUCUGCUGAGGAGAAGAAGGCCCUUUUGCUUUUGAACAGACAUGGCCCAGAUAAGUUAUACCAAGUGACAAGUGACACCAGUGGCUGCAAAGAGAUGGACUUGACUCUGCAGAGGGGGCAGAUAGUAGCUUUUUUGCAUGGCAUGGACACCAAGGGCAACACAAACCGAUGGCUGGUAGAUACAGGAGGUCCAAGAGGCUACGUUUCACCUGGAAAGCUCCAACGGUGUCAUUACAUCCCAAACCAAAAGCCCAGAACACCAACAUUGCCCCAGGGUGAUACUGCUGGGAAAAUGCAUCCUGCUUACAACUUCUAUCAAACUCCCAAUCCCCCAGUGCAUUUCAGCACACCAGUUUUACAGGUGAUAGCUGCUUAUGCAUUCACAGCUAGGAGCAAUCAGGAAGUCAGUCUGCAAGCAGGCCAAUCAGUGACUGUGUUGGAACCUCAUGAUAAGAAGGGAAGCAAAGAAUGGUACUUAGUGGAAGUGAAUGGACAGAGGGGCUAUGUGCCUUCUAGCUACCUGAUGAUGGUGUCAGCCCCACAACCACCUGGAUGGGUUUCACCUGUUUAUCCAUUUCCAGCUCAGUAAAUGCACCUGUUAAGUGAUGCUUGGUUUAGAAGGCAGCUAUGUCUUCAUUGCCUGUCUCUUUCCCUUUCUUCCGUGACAUUCAGUGGACAAAGAGGCAGAUGAUGAGGCCAGGAGGCCUGUGGAAUGAAUGAAUGUUCAUGUUUCAGGAAUGAAUUCGUGCCAUGUAUUUAUUGAAAAAAUAUGAAGGAGUAUAGGUAUAUAAUAAGCUACUUAUAAUUGUAAUGCUAUUUCUUGAUCUAAGGCUGACAAGGGAUUUUCCAAAUAUUGGGAAAAAAGGUAAUAAUCUAGGAAGAUCUCUACACCAUUAGUGUUACAGAUAGUCCUCAUUUAGCAACCACAAUUGGGACUGGCAACUCGGUUGUUAAGUUAUGCAGUUGCUAAGUGAAA